AUGACAGAUCUUCAACCUUUGUAUAGAGAUUACUUUGACGAAACGUCCGUUGAAGAAUGGUCGUACCUCCACUUUUUAAAAUCUUUUGAGUCUGUUAUUAUGGCAAAUAUAGAUGCCACAAAAGAUGGAGACAAGGGCACUUGGGGAAAAGAUUCCUGA